GUACACCCCAUCUUUUGUGUUCAAGAUCAAUGUCGCUCCGAGAUCAUCCAGGUAUCUGUCUAGUGUUGCUCCUCCACCUCCUCCCUUCUGUAACCGGUAUCAAGAAAUCGCUGUCAUAUACUCCUGUAGACCUCAUCCUCCUGGAUUGUGGCGCAUCGUCUAGUUCUACAUCGCUGGAUGGACGCACUUGGGAUGGAGAUCCCGACUCCAAAUUUCAUGCCUCUAACCCGGAAACAGCAUCAUUUGCGUUUACAGCUUCUCAACAAGACCCAUCAGUAACCCAAGUUCCAUAUAUGACAGGCCGUAUUUUUCAAUCGCAAUUCACCUACACCUUUCCCGUCUCGCCUGGCCCAAAGUUUGUUCGUCUCUACUUCUAUCCAGCUACUUACUCCAAUCUUGACAUUUCCAAAUCCCGUUUCUCUCUUAGUGCCAAUACUUACACUCUCCUCAACAAUUUUAGUGCUUUUCUCACUGUUUCUGCUAUGAAACCUUCUGUCGCCUCCUUCAUCAAAGAGUAUAUCAUUACCGUGUGGGAUAACCAGAAGCUUGAUCUGACAUUCUCUCCUUCUGCAAGUUCUUUUGCCUUCAUAAAUGGCAUCGAGAUAGUUUCGAUGCCCAACAACCUCUAUGCCAGCGGCAACAAUAACCCACUUCCUUAUGUGGGCAUCAAUAGUAACCCAUUUUAUUUGGAUAACACCACCGCUCUUGAGAAAUUUUAUCGGCUAAAUGUUGGUGGACAAGAUAUCAGCGGGAAAGAUGACACUGGAAUGCAUAGGACAUGGCUUCAAGAUUUAUAUUACAUCUUUAGUGGGGCAGUUGGGUUUACAAUUAUACCACCUGAUGUCAAAAUACAGUAUACAAUGAAGACACCAGCCUACACUGCACCUGUAAUGGUAUAUGGUAGCAUGCGUUUUAUGGGUCCUGAUUCACAUCUUAACCUGAAUUACAAUCUUACAUGGUGCUUCUCCAUUGAUGCUGGUUUCAAUUAUCUUGUUAGGCUCCAUUUUUGUGAGUUUCGACCUGAGGUCACAAGAAGUGACCAAGUGGUGUUUUAUAUAUUCAUCAACAAUCAAACAGCUGAGCCAUACGCAGAUAUAAUGCUCUGGUCCGGCGGUAACAGUGUUCCACUGUAUAAAGACUACGUCUUGUGGAUCCCCAAAGGCAGCCAUAGUAAGCAGUACUUGUGUCUCGCUUUACACCCCAAUUUUGAUAAAAAACGUACAUAUGCUGAUGCUUUCUUGAACGGCCUAGAGAUAUUCAAGUUGAAUAAUUCAGGCGGUAGUCUAGCCUCUCCCGGCCCUGAAUUAUUGGCGGGUAGUCCACCACCAGAAAACCUUCCAAAAUUGAACGGGAAGACUAACGAGAAAAUAUUUUUGGUAGUAAUCGUUGUUGGUUCUGUUUUUGGGGGUAUGCUAGCGCUCUCUCUUGUUAUUUGUUUCUUUGUUUUUAAAAAGAGGAGAGUGAAGGACUUUGGAAAGAGUGAGGCCAAAUCCAUGCCGUCCACUCAAAUUGUUUCAUCACUGCCAUCCGACCGUUGCCGUCGAUUUACAAUAUUUGAAAUGAAAGCAGCUACAAAAAAUUUUGAUGAUGAAAAUUUUAUUGGUUACGGUGGAUUCGGCAAUGUGUAUGAAGGAUAUAUUGGCUGUGGAUCCAUCCCAGUUGCAAUCAAACGUUUGGAUUCAUCAUCGAAGCAAGGAAUUCACGAAUUCAAAACUGAGAUAGAAAUGCUGUCCCAACUCCGCCAUGUUAAUCUAGUAUCUUUGAUUGGAUAUUGCAUUGAUGAAUGCGAAAUGAUCCUGGUUUAUGACUAUAUGAUCAAUGGGACACUUCGGGAGCAUCUAUAUGAAAGCAACAACAAUCCACUUCCAUGGAAGAAAAGGCUUCAGAUAUGCAUCGGUGCAGCACGCGGAUUGCAUUAUCUUCAUGCUGAAGUGGCAAAUACAAUAAUCCAUCGUGAUGUAAAGACUAGCAAUAUUCUGCUAGAUGAAAAGUGGGUUGCCAAAGUUUCAGAUUUCGGGUUAUCAAAAAUAGCUUACAAUGAGGCAGUUAGUACCAUAGUAAAGGGAACUUGGGGGUAUCUAGAUCCAGAAUAUGCACGAUACCAACAAUUGACAGAAAAAUCUGAUGUGUAUUCAUUUGGGGUAGUAUUAUUGGAAGUGUUGUGUGCUCGGAAGCCUCUCAACCAGAAGUUGGAGGAGGAACAAAUGAAUUUGGUCAAUUGGGCACAAAAAUGCAUCCAGAAUGGGACUCUUUGUCAAAUAAUUGAUCCUCAUCUGAAGGGCCGCAUAGCUCCUGAGUGUUCUAGUAAAUUUGUGGAGAUUGCAUUAAGUUGUCUAAGUAAUAAAGGGAUUGAACGACCAACCAUGCAUGAUGUGAUGGGAAAACUUGAAUUUGUAUUGGAGCUUCAAGAGGCUGCAGAUGCUGAGAAGAAGGUAAUGAAUCCUGAUAUUGAAUGUGUCUAUCCAGAGGUAUCAUUUUUUGAUAGUCCAUCCGCUAAUAUCAUUGGCGAACCUCAGUUCGACUCGAGUGCUGCAAAUGGAUCAAUUAGUUUUGACACAAGCAUUAUUGGAACUACUGAAUCUAUGCCACUAACUGCAACGCCAGAGCUUGGAAAAAUGAAAAACACCUCCAUUUAAUUGUAAAAAUUAUCUGUCUGUAGUAGCACUUAAUAUUUAAUUGGUGAUCAUAUCAUGUUUGAUAGAUGGUUUUGAGUUCUUCCAAUAGCCGGUUAGGUGUAUUUCCUGCGAAUAAAUUUUUGUCUUCUUAUGAACAGGUGUCAUCCAUCUUUCCAGACUUUAGAGGAUUUGGCUGGGCGACUAGGGUCUGUUCAUAUAUUUUGUGUUGUACGCAAUUUAUGAUA